AUGGAGGCGGAGUUUGUCGCUGCGUCGGAGCAAGUGCUCGAGCUGCUUGGCAUCAGGGACAUGCUGUGCGAAAUCGGGAAGCCCCUUAUGCUCCCGAUGGCACUGUACGUCGACAAUCAAGCGGCGUUGAAGCAGUUGGCGGGCGAGGCGUCGUCUCUAAAGGCGAAGCAUAUUGACGUGCGCCUGAAGUUUGUCUGCGACUACGCCCGGCGUGGGAUAGCCGCGGCCCAGUAUUUGCGCUCGGAGCUGCAACUGGCGGACCUGUUAAACAAGGCCCUCGACGCCGCAGAACUCGCAGAGUUGUGCAAGUUGCUACAACUCGCUAAAUGGACGGAAAGUCAUGGCCGAUGA